AUGUCAUUCAAAGGUUUAAAGAAAUCGAUUGUUAGGGCGCCUCAAACGUUCCGCCAGAAGUUGAACAUGGGAGAGGUCACCCUGGAUGCUGUUUACAUGGAUGCCGAGCGUAGGUUUAGGGAAUUGGAAUUGGAAACGAAGAAGUUGAGUACCGAAUCCAAGAGAUAUUUUGCUGCAGUCAAUGGGAUGUUAGAUUAUCAAAUAGACUUCUCCAAGGCUAUUGAAGAAAUUUACAAGCCUAUCAGUGGGAGAUUGUCAGACCCAAGUGCGACGGUGCCAGAGGACAAUCCUGAUGGGAUCCAGGCCUCGGAACAAUACAGAGAGGUGGUGAAGGAAUUGAAGGAGACAUUGAAACCGGACUUGGAGUUGAUUGAAAAGAGAAUUGUCAACCCAGCACAGGAAUUGUUGAAGGUGAUUGAGUCGAUCCGGAAGAUGGCCACCAAGAGAGAACACAAACAAGUGGACUUGGAUCGCCGGAAGCGGACGUACACCAAGUACACCGAGAAGAAGGAGAAAACUCCUAAGGACGAAGAAAAAAUGUACGGCGCGGAGGCAGAAAUGCAGAUCGCCCAAGAGGAAUACGACUACUACAACAAUAUGUUGAAGGACGAAUUACCCGUGUUGUUCCAGAUGCAAUCCGAUUUCAUCAAGCCCUUGUUCAUCAGUUUCUACUACAUGCAAUUGAACAUUUUCUAUACAUUGUACACCAGAAUGGAAGAAUUGAAGAUCCCGUACUUCGACUUGAACUCCGACAUCGUCGAAGCGUACACCAUGAAGAAGGGUGACAUCGAAGAACGUGCAGAUGCCAUCGGCAUUACCCACUUCAAGGUGGGGCAUGCCAAAAACAAAUUAGAUGCCACCAAGAGACGUCAUCAACUCAUGGCCCAAGGCACGGCUGGCAGUGGCACUACCCAAGACCAGUUGCCACCUUAUUCUCCUGAAGGGUCACAGUACGGUGUACAGUCGCCUACAACUCCACAAUAUGGCGAUUACAAGUCGCCCCAGGGCCCUGGCGCCCAGCCUACCUUUGAUGCCCAGCCGGCUUAUGGUGCCCAGCCGGCUUAUGGUGCCCAGCCUGCUUAUGGCGCUCAACCUGCCUAUGGAGCCCAAAUAGCUUCUCCAACGUCUGGUUCGUAUGCCGGAUACAGCUCCCCAUCCUCAUCUGCAGCAGCCGUAUCGACUCCUCCAAGUGCCUACGGUAUGCCACCUCCCACUCCCCAAAGUGCUCCUGCUGCCCAGACUUGUACCGCAUUAUACGACUACUCGGCGCAGGCCCAAGGUGACUUAAGCUUCACUGCUGGUGCGGUCAUCGAAAUUUUACAAAGAACCGAAGACACCAACGGGUGGUGGACUGGAAAGUACAACGGUCAAACCGGUGUAUUUCCCGGAAAUUACGUCCAAUUGAAUUAA